AUGGACUUGAUAAACGAUUUCGAUUUGCUCGGGUCUCUCUACGAUUUUCUCCAUCAGAUAGGCCUUCUUCCACUUCCGAGCGCUUCAUCCACGAAAUCCUCGACUUCUCGAUCCGCUGGGACCAUCAUCAAUCACCAUAUUUGCUCAGAUAUCCCACCCAAAGACAUCAAUUUCUUACUAGAUCUCUUCAAUACGAAUUCUCCCAAAACAUCAGCAGAAUCAUUUCCUCAACAUGCUGAAGAUACCGUCCCUCGAUUGCUAGAAAUUCUCGCCCAGAUCACCCUUUUACCACCCUUCACUUGUCACGUCUCGGCUCACUUUGCCCCAAUCUUAUCAGAACUGGCCGCAAGAUGGAUGUUGUAUCUCGAAUUUCAAGACGGCGGGCGGUAUUCGGAUCGAGUUUGCUCGUACUGGCCCACUCAACUUUGCCAGGGUAGCUCUAGUCACCUCGAGGAGAGCCAAUCAUCAGCUGAAAAGGAAAUCAUCAAAUCUAACCUUCGUUUGAUCAUUAAUGCAUUCAGUUUAUUAUUACCGCAUCACCCCUCGUUAUUCCCACUUUUCGUGAUUCUUAUGCGCCAUCCAGCUCUUGCGACCGAUCCAUUCGAAGCUUUACCUGUCGAAACUCUAGCUCCAGUUUCCACACUUGAUCGCUCCCUUCCGAUCAACCACCCACUUUACCAAUCAAACGUCGUCGACCAAUUUCUUCUGGCGAUUACCCGAUUGCUGCUAGUAUCACCUCAUCUACCUCACCCAGGUCUUGUUUUGCAGGGCUGGGUCCUGCCGCCUGUUUUACUGAACAUCCUCAAAUUUCAUCCGCGUCGAGGAACUCGUCAGCUCGCUUGGUAUUGUUGGAAGUUUUGGCAAGGCUCGGCGUGCUCAAGUCAAUUGAUCAAGCAAGUUAAGGAUCAAUACAUUUGGCAACGAAGACCAUCCGACCCCUCUCUGAUUCAAGAACAUUUCUCAUCUCCAUGGUCGGAAAAGUUUCCACAAAAUUCGCUCACCGACCAAGACACGCCAAUGGAUCCCAUCAUCGAUAGCUCUUCGGAUGAUAUGAUUACAAUUGAAGAACAACUUACCUGCAAGUGGCAUCUGCAUGUCUCUGGAUCUCCGCCUCAAUCUACGUUUUCGUAUGAAGUAGUUUCCAGAGCAAUCGAUGCAUGGGUGUGGGAGUUUGACGAAUCACACAGAAUAUUACAGCUCGAAUCAUGUCCGAAGUUCGACCCAGCUCAAAGAAAUGUCGAUCUGCCGUUGCUCUUCCUUCAAGACCGUCAUCUGACCAAAUUCAUAGCAGCAAUUGAAGGGAACCUGACUCUGAAAUUUCAUGCGCUGCCUACACCUUCUAGCAUCAACAACUUGUUGCCAGCCACUCAAAAAUCAAUGUGCGAGCCAAGACAAUGCGGGUCGGAUAUCCUUCAACACGAGGAUCCGUUUGUUUCAACAUCUUCCUCGGUUGUCGCAUUGAGGUCCAUAAGUCGUCUUAUCUCAGACCGGUUUCCCGUCCUCCUAUCCGGACCACCCUCCUCUGGCAAAAAUACAAUCAUCCAAAAGCUGGCCGCCCAACUGUGGUCGAAGAAAUCAAAUUGCAACCAUUCAACCAUCGACCAAUCCGAGGUCGAUCAAAAUAUUGUCAUCCUAAACCUAGCCUCCAGAAUUCUAGAUGCCAAAAGCUUAGUUGGCAGCUACGUCAGCUCGACUGAAGACCCCGGAAAGUUUGUAUUCGUAGAAGGCCCGUUACUUAGGGCAAUAAAGGAGGGAAAAUGGCUUGUUUGCCAAGACAUAGAUCGUGCAUCCGAAGAUGUUUUGUCUAUUAUUAACCAACUGGCCGAUCUAAUCAACCAUCGAGCACAGUAUCAGGUUGGCGGAGGCUAUGGAGGACACGGUGGCCUCAAUGGUGUUGGAAUUGAUUUGGGCGCCCAGUCAGGAUGGGGGAAAUCUUUCUAUGGCGAACAAUACUGGAAAGAAGUGGCGAUAGGUUCCAUGACAAAAGACGAUAUCUUGAAUGUGGUCGCGCGUCAAACCCCAAACUUUUCGGAAAGUGUCCGCGAUCGAUUAGUUGCCGCAUGGGAAGGAGCAUCAAUGUCACAGAUGGAUUCCUCUCGAAGGCGUCCAAUCCAGUUGAUUGAUCUUUUGAAGUGGAUUACAAGAAUAAAGGCCCUGCUGACGAGGAACCAGGCACUCUCCUCCGUGUCCCAAAAUCCGGUCCUUCAAGAGCAAAUAUUUCUUGAAGGCGUGGAUUUGUUUUUCGCUUCAUCCGAAACUUCGCUGUCCGAAAGCGAUGAUCUGCCGAGCAACGUAGCUUUAAACGCUGCUCAGACACUCGGCAAACACCUGGACCUGAACCCCGAAAGAUCCACCUACUGUAUCUGCCGUCGUGUACCUGAUUUUAUUCCUCCAGCGCAGAAGCUUAAGGCUGGAUCGAGCGGGAAAGCGAAGACAUAUGUUACAAUCGGAAGGAUCAAGCAACUCGUCGAUAGCAGCAUCAUGGCAUCUUCCAUUUCUAAUUCGCGCCCCUUUGCCUUGACAAAAUCGACCCUGGUUUUGUUGGAGCGACUGGCCGUAAGUAUGCGAUCAUCCGAGCCAACAUUAUUGGUAGGCGAAACCGGGACUGGGAAAACUACUGUCGUCAGCUACAUGGCGAACUUGGUUGGCAAGAAGUUGAUUUCACUCAAUCUGAGCAAUCAGAGCGAAGCCAGUGACUUGCUGGGUGGUUUCAAACCGCUGGACUCCGCUGAGGAUGGCAAACUGUAUGGCAACCGGUUGGUUGACGAAUUUAUUAACACGUUUGGAGAUGCUUUCAAUACUUCACGCAAUCACGAGUUUGUCCACGCAGUACGCAAGGCCGCGUCCAAGAAGAAAUUUGUUCGACUGGUUGCCUUACUGAAAGACGGCAUAAGGGCUCUCAGCGAGCGCCUAAACAGCAAGAUCAAAUCGCAGGACCAGUCGCUCGACCUAGAGGCUGAUGAUUCUCACGAACCUAGCAAGCGUCGCAAGACUAACAUCAGCCGAGCGUCACAGUCAACUCAAGCUCGAUUGAAGUCUUCUCUGCAAGACUACCUUUUUCAACUCAAUCAAUUUGAAGAGAAGUUUGUCCGCUCUACGUCGAAUCAUAUGCGAUUCAGAUUCGUCGAGGGUCCGCUCGUGAAGGCACUACAAAACGGCGAUUGGGUCCUAUUGGACGAAAUCAAUUUGGGCACUGCCGAGACGCUCGAAGCGUUGAGUGGACUGUUGCGGCAUCCAAAUGCGUCUGUCAUCCUCAGCGAGCGGGGAGAUCUCGUCCCAGUCCCGCGGCACUCAGACUUCCGGUUAAUUGGUUGUAUGAACCCUGCCACUGAUGUUGGAAAGCGUGAUUUACCUGCCAGCUUAAGGUCAAAGUUCACUGAACUCUAUGUCCAACCCCCCGAUAACGAUCGAGAAGCCCUCCUGAAUAUUAUCUCGCAACAUCUUGGCGGACUCUGCGCUUCCGACAAAAGGGCAAUCGCAGAUACUGCCGAUUGCUACACGGUCAUCCGAACUUUGGCCAGAAAUGGUAGCUUGGCCGACGGUACCAAUGCCCCUCCGCACUACUCUAUGAGAACUCUUUCUCGCGCAUUGAGCUUUGCUACCACAAUUUGUAGUGUGUUAUGCUUGAGAAGGGCGUUAGUCGAAGGAUUCUUGAUGGCGUUUGUAACCACUCUUGACACCAAAUCAACUGAGGUAGUCUGCCAGCUUAUUGAUCGGCAUAUCGUACAAAAUGGCAAGAACCCAAAGGCAAUCAUGUCCCAGCAACCAAAGAAGCCUGAAGAUCAAGACUCCUACGUCCAGGUUGGUCCUUUCUGGCUGAAAAAAGCACAGGUACUCGACGACUCCACUCCAACUCAAGAUUACGUCCUCACGGUGUCCGUCAAAUCGAAAAUAAUUGACUUGGCUCGGGCUGUCACCACCGGCCGAUGGCCAGUGCUUAUUCAGGGUCCUACCUCGAGCGGAAAGACAAGUAUUGUUGCCUACAUAGCUCGUCUCACUGGACAUCCGUUUGUUCGAAUCAACAACCACGAACAUACAGACAUUCAAGAAUACAUUGGUAGCUAUGCUACUGAUCCAGAAACGGGACGUCUGUGCUUCAAGGAAGGCGCCUUAGUUCGGGCUCUACGCCAAGGCGCAUGGGUUGUCCUAGAUGAAUUGAAUUUAGCGCCGUCCGACGUCUUAGAAGCCCUCAAUCGGUUGCUCGACGACAAUCGGGAGCUCGUGAUACCCGAAACUCAAGAAAUCGUCAAGCCACACCCUGACUUCAUGCUUUUCGCCACUCAAAACCCACCUGGUCUCUAUGGUGGUCGAAAGGUCCUGUCCCGUGCCUUUCGCAAUCGUUUUAUUGAAUUACAUUUUGAUGAUGUGCCCAAGGAUGAACUAGAAAUUAUUCUUUGUCAGCGCUGUGCAAUCGCUCCGAGCCACGCCAAUAAGAUCGUCAAAGUCUUCGCCGAACUCCAAAGAAGACGACAGAGUGACAAGAUCUUCGAGCAGAAGCACAGUUUUGUGACCUUGAGAGAUUUAUUUCGAUGGGGUGGUCGAGGCGCAGUAGGUUAUCAAGAAUUAGCCGAGGAUGGUUACAUGUUGUUGGCCGAACGUUCCCGGGGCGAAGAAGAAAAGGAAACGGUCAAGCAAGUUUUGGAAGAAAUCAUGAACGUGACCAUCGAUCAAGACCGCUUGUACGAAGAUGUUAAGUUACCGAAGGGUUUGGUCGCCACCAACGCUUGUAAACGAUUAUUCAAAUUGGUCUCACGCUGCCUUCAGUUCAACGAGCCUGUUCUUUUGGUCGGGGACGCAGGUUCUGGGAAAACCUCUGUUUGUGAAGCAAUUAGCUCGUUUGCCGACCAGCGCUUGAGAAGCAUCAAUCUCCAUCGGAACUCUGAGGUUGGUGAUUUAUUGGGAAGUCAACGCCCGAUUCGACAGCGAGCGGAGAGAAUUCAGGCCGCCUUACAACAACUACGCACCUGUCUUGCCGAUUUGGAGAUUGAAAUGGCGAUUACGGAUGGCUCGAGCAUUGAUGGCGUUAUCGGCACUAGCGAGAAAGCUUUGGCAGAGAAAAUGAGAUCAGUGACUGAUUCCAAAUCUGCGGAUCAGGCGCAGGCGGCCCUCAGUGACCUCAAGCGAUCUACUGCACUGUUUGAUUGGUCCGACGGCCCACUGAUACAAGCCAUGCAGGAAGGGGAUCACGUCUUACUAGACGAGAUCUCUCUAGCUGACGACUCGGUCCUCGAGCGCCUCAACAGCUUGUUAGAACCAGAGCGCUCGAUUGUUUUGGCUGAACGCGGAGGUGACACUCUCGAAAAAAUGCAAAUUACGGCCCAUCUAACCUUCCAAAUCUUUGCAACCAUGAAUCCCGGUGGCGAUUUUGGAAAACGAGAGCUCUCACCUGCGCUGCGAAAUCGGUUCACCGAGAUCUGGGUCCCUCUAGUCUCGGAUCCUAAGGAUAGGUUUGCGAUCUAUUGUGAUCGUUUAUCACGGAAAGCCAAAUCUUCAGCUUGUGCUAGCUUCAGUCCUUCCGAAUGGGCGGCGCACAUUAUCUCAUUUUCCGAGUAUUACUCGAAGUCGCCGAUCUCUGCCCAAUUUUCAGCUUGCGAGUUGAGCUUACGAGACGGUCUUGCGUGGUGCGACUUCAUCAGCUCCUGUUCGUCAUUGUCGCCGGCUCUGUCGUUCGUUCACGGUGCUCAAAUGACGGUUCUUGAUCGCCUCGGGACCGCCGGCUUUGGACAAGACCUCCCCGCCAAUCUCAUUCUCGAACUUCGAGAAUCUUGUCUCAGUUACUUGCAUAAUCUGGCCAAGGUUCCGCAAGACAUUCGCGAAGCUGUCUCUCAAGUUACAUAUGUCGAUGAAGGGUUGAAAAUAGGCGAUUUUACAUUGCAGAGGUCUAACUCGGUCCAUGAAGACUCGGCUCCGGCAAAUUAUUCUUUUUCCGCACAAACGGUGGCCCAUAAUGCCCUGCGAAUCAUACGUGCUCUUCAAGUUCCCAAAGCCGUAUUGCUAGAGGGCAGCCCAGGAGUCGGCAAGACAAGCAUUGUAGAAGCCCUAGCUAAACUCUCGGGAAAACGACUGCAACGCAUCAAUCUCUCGGAUCAAACCGAUUUACUCGACCUCUUCGGCGCCGACGCGCCUGUUGAGGGUGGAAGUCCGGGCCAAUUCGAAUGGAAAGAUGCUACCUUUCUUGACGCGCUACAGAAAGGAGAUUGGGUCUUGCUCGAUGAAAUGAAUCUCGCUCCUCAAACCGUUCUUGAAGGACUGAAUGGCUGCUUGGACUAUCGAGGUACUGUUUACGUUCCAGAAAUCGAUCGAACCUUCAAGCGACACCCCGACUUCAGGGUUUUUGCUGCUCAAAAUCCUCAUCAUCAAGGAGGCUCACGAAAGGGUCUUCCGAAGUCGUUAGUAGACCGAUUUACGGUCGUUUUCAUGAAAGAAAUGGAGAACGAAGACUUGUCGCGGAUUUGCAGCGAAAUGGCUCCCGCAUUCAGUCAGAUGGCAAUCUCCAAAAUGGUUAAUUUUAACUACCGACUCGUCGAAGAGACCAACAAGACCGGUUCCUUUGCUUCCCUAGGCUCCCCUUGGGAAUUCAACUUGCGUGACCUGGGAAGAUGGUUGCAGAUCACGUCCAUGAACGGCAAGUACGACCUCCAACCGCUUUCCCCGGUAGAAUACAUUGACAUGAUCUACACUGGGAGGUUCCGAACUCAAGACGAUCAAGCCACCUCAGCAAAAAUUUCCCGCGAAUUUUUCAACGCCUCAAGCACGUCGCGCAAUCAUCAAGACAUGGUUGAGCUCCCUUCCGAGCUGAUCAUCGGGCACAGCAGAGUGGUCAAACCAUCCGGAUUGUCCUGGGCUCCUCCGCUAGUUUCGCCUCUGGACAUUCCACCAAGUAUGUAUAACUGCGCCGAGGCAUUGAUUCGGUGUUUAGAGUUAAAAUGGCUCCCUAUUCUCACUGGCACGGAAAAAUCGGGAAAAUCAUCCCUUGUCAAGUUCUUGGCUGCUCGGAAAGGUGUCCAGUUACGAGUCAUCAGCCUACACUCCGGGACCGAUACUUCCGACCUGAUUGGAGGGUUCGAGCAAAGUAACAUGGAGCGCAAAUUGAUUGCAAUCAUCGAGGACACUAGUCAAAUUAUCCAACAGAACCUAGAGAACUCGUCCCUAUGUCGCGACGCCAGCACCACUAACCUCGAAAUGUCCUGUAGAGAUCUCAAGUACCUCAAGAGUUUAAUCUUUUCAUUUGAUACCGAGAAACUAGUGGCGUGCGUGCUUGACAUUUUCAAGCGUUUGAGAAGUCAUUCCCUCCGUGCUGCUUUCGAACCGUUUGAGCAAUCUCUACUGGGACUUCAGACUUCAAAGCCAGGUUGUCGCUUUGAAUGGAUCGAUGGCCCCCUCGUGACUGCUAUGAAGAAGGGCCAGUGGCUUUUGGUUGAGAAUUCGAACUUGUGCAGUGCCUCUGUUCUCGAUCGCUUGAAUCCUUUAUUCGAAGGUGCCGGCAUACUCCAGCUCGCAGAAAAAGGGAUGACUCGAUGCGGCAUUGAUACCGUUAUUCCUCACACUGACUUCCGAAUCAUCUUUGCGUUCAACCCCCGUUAUGGGGAGCUUUCUCGGGCGAUGAGAAAUCGCGGUGUGGAAAUCGCUUUCUUGCCGGAUCCUCAGCUGAGCGUCAUCGGACUCCCAUUGCCUCUAAAAAUCACUCCUCUCACUUCAAGCUAUAGUAUUCAGCACCCAGUAAUGCGUUGGACUGCCCACGCCCUGAUUCACUCGCCCACCGAAUACCCCCUUCUCUCGAGGACGCUGGAUCAUUUCUUACCCUCCUCAAGUCCGGACCACACGCUCAAGCUACUGCUAUACAGGCUUUUAAAGCCUGACAUUCUGGGCGCAGCAACGAGUUGGGCUCAGUUCAACCGAGCGAGUCAUUUUUUCAUUGGGGAGGCAUUUGAUUUGGCAAUAGCAAGCCAAUCCACCCACCACUUACUGGAUGAAGGUAGAGCUCUAGGUCACCAGUCUUUAUUAAGACUCGUCAUCGCGGCAUGUCUGCCGUUACGCUCACUGUCCCAUGAGUUGAGUCUAGAAUCAAACGGCCUAAAGAAGCACUCGAGUGACCUCCGCGUAAAACAUAGCCAACCUAUCGAUCACGAACGCGUUUCAAGCUUUGUCAACCAUGCUAGUGAUGCGGUCCUGCGAUCUUGUUUGCUCAUUCUGGGCGAAACUCAAAAUUGGGAAACACUGUCUGACCUCGGCAGAUGUGAAUAUCAGCAACUAUUUGGGUGUAUAAGGGACAUCCAGGAAGCUACUUUACAAUUGAUUGAUUUGUUAGAGUCCUCUCCGGAUCAUGCGGCGAUCGGGUUUGCGUUGAAAAUGAUUGAUGAUUCAGUCCAUCGAGCACCUCCCCAAACCAAAUCCCUGUUCGAAUCCACCGAGCUAUCUCUCCAGCCCCUGCGCGAUUCACACGACAUCUCUCGUUGGGAAGCAUUGGUCAUACUUUGGAACUUGUUCUGCCCACCGUGGUACAAGAAUUCGCAUCUCGUCGACUUGGUCGGUCAAUUAGGCCAGCUCUGCGACGCUAACUGGUCUCUGUUGAAUACGGAUCUACGAGCAAUCUAUUUCGAAAUCGUGGCGUCUCUCAAGAUCAGUCGAGAAAUCACAGCCGACUGUCCCAAGAUUAAUUGGCUAACUGAGAAGCUCAAAGAGCAAAUUUCUGCCGCAAAAACUGAAGAGCGACAUUUGACUGGAAUCCCCCCACCGGAUAAAAAUUUCGGGCUGGUUGGAGAAAGAAUGAUUGCGAUCGUCGCGACAAUGACCAGCUUCUUUCAAACGAAAAGCGAGUUAGAAAUCAAUACCCUUCUACCUCAGUGGGGAACCGUACCCAGUGAAGUCGGCGUCUUGUUCCGCUCAAAGGCCUACCUUCAAGAUCAGAACGCAUCCACACAGCAAACCGACCUGUGCCUAAACCUGCAGAUUAUCAUGUCAUUGACAGCGGCAUCGAUCAACUUCUGUGAUAUUCCUUUCAGCAUUUUAUCCCAAUUCACUCGGUCCAACUUCCUCCAUGUAAUUUCCGGUAUAGCCAGGCUGGUUAAGACAUCCACGACACUCGAGGGCCACGGAGCGGUAGUAAAGACCUUGGACCGAUUGGUUUCACUUGUGGCUACCACGACUCCCUGCUUGACUCAAGACCGCGAACGCUUGUGCCAUACACUAAUCUCAAGCCUUUUAAACUUUAUUGAAGCCCCAGUGAUCCAUCUCGACGGAUCUGUUGAAUCUCAGCCGAGUACAAUCCUUGCUUCAGGACUCAGGCCGACCUCGCGAGCUUUGAGAUUGUGGCACCUUUACAUCUCUGACGUACCAAUCGACCCUCUAUCCGUCCAGACUGCCCACCAUUCUUAUCUCCAAGCUUGGGCUUCGCGUCUUUCCGAACUGAGGGCCUUCCUAGCUUCCUACCAGCAAACUAAAGGCGCUGCUCCAUCAAACCCGCGAAUGUCGCAACUAGACGAUGAACUCACAGAGAUCCAAUCGCGCUGCAAGGAGAUCCCACAGCCUUCAAUUCAACGCUCUACAGAUACCCUGGUACAACAUGCGAUCUUCACUGAGUUGAAAGCAUUUGAGAAGCAGUUUCUAGUCGAUGGUCGCCUCGAAGAUUUAGCUCAGGCCCUAGUCCAACUUGAUAACUUCGACUGUCUUCAGUCCCUACAUGCACGGAUUGAGAAUUUCUGCUUCUCGGCAAUUGGAUUGAUCAAUCGCCUGAGCAAGCGAUUUUCCUCAUCCGUCGACAUCUUAUGGCCCGUUCAAGCGCUUCUGCACAUCAUGGUCGCGGACCUCACACUCUCAUUUCAACGAGCGAUGACGAGUUGUUCGAAUCAAUCUGCGCCACUGAUUACCGAUUUCAUCAGCUGUUUAACAUCCAGCACUACUGCUAUCGCUGCCGCCAAUCUGCGAGAGGAUCCCCUCGAAGACAGAGUUCAUGCGAUCAUUGCCGGUGAGGCUGGUCAAUCAGCCUUGUCACUUCUUUACAUCAGCGCGAUGGCCAAAUACUCGAUCAAAGAAUUUGAGAGCUCCCAAACUCACAAGCUACUUUCACUCUAUGAUAAAGUGUGGCAGUUAUGGACACGCGAUUGUAUUCGACAGCAGAAAGAGGCUGAGGAGAGAGCGCAAGAGUUCAAAACCCGCCGACAAGACAUCACUAUCAAGUCAGACGAGGAAAUUGAAGAAGAGGAAUUGCAAGCUUUGUUCCCUUCUUACGAAAACAAUACGCCACCGACCUCAUCCCACCACUCCUCUGCCAACCUCGUCACUCCCGCGCAAAUCUCACUCCUUUGCAAGAUUCACCUCUCAAUCAUGUCAACGGAGGCAGCUGAAGAAAAAUCUACGUCUUUCGACUCACUUCGGCAGCAAAUCGUGGUAUCGAUGGUAGAAAAGCAUGGACUCGCGCUGCCAUCAGUUCUGGAUCAAACCUCCUUGGCUUUCCAGUUCCAUUCUCUCUGCCAGCUUCUCAAAUCAUCGACGGCGCCAUCAAAUUCACAGACAAACUUCUACACCGGUAGUAAUACUUCUGAGACCACCCGCGUGGUCCCAUUAGUGAAGGCUUUGGCUUCCAGAAUCGAUGCACUGAUUGAGCAGUGGCCUGAAAUGACCAAUUUGGAUGAGAUUCUUCAACGAUGCCGCAAGAUUGCAGCUUUAUCGUCCGACAGUCCUCUGGCCUUGAUCAUCCCGCAAUUAGAGGCGUUAAUCGGGCAAAUCGAGGAAUGGCAAAAGUACAGUUGCACUGAAAACUCGUUGCUUUCAUUCCAGACUGAGCUGACGGCUUUAGUCGUAAACUGGAGGCGAUUGGAGCUAGGAUCAUGGGCUGCUUUGAUUCAGACUGAACUCGAUUCCUUCCAGUCUACAACAGAUGUAUGGUGGUUCCGACUCUAUGAAUUGCUUGUCCGCGGUUAUUCGACGCAUUCACACACGCCGGAAACUCAAGAAGCUAAAUCCUACCUUAAGGAUUGCGCUCUCGUUCUCAGCCAAUUCAUCACCGAAUGUAAUUUAGGACAAUUCGGAUCCCGCUUGGCACUUCUUGAUUCUUUCAGCGCACUACUCCGAGCUGUUUGCCAGAUCUCUGGUUUUGGGUGCUGGACCCGGAUUAACGACCUGUUGAAUGGUGUGAUUUAUUUCUACUCACAUUACGCGCCCCUGGUCGACCAAAAGAUUGAACAAGCGAAACGUUUGGCCCGUGGAGAGAUAGAGAACUAUAUACAGCUUGCCAGUUGGAAAGACAUCAACAUCAUCGCACUUCGACAAAGCAGUCAAAAAAGUCAUCGACAGCUCUACAAAACGGUCCGAAAAUUCCGCAGCGUAUUGCAAGGACCGAUGAAGGAUAUGCUCCAGAGGUGGCAGGUCAAGAAGUCAGGAGAUGUAGAGGCUCGCCUUCCGUCAAUACUUCAACAGAAUGACCCAUCAGGACGCGAUGGUUUCGAUUUACUUUUGUGGAACCAAUACACCAAAUCGCUUUCGAUGCCAGCCUAUUUCUCACAGCCGCAGAACAUCUUGAAACGGCUGCAGAAAUUAAUACAUACCAAUAAUUUCUUAUCGCCCGAGGUGACAAACGCAGCUUCUGAAGUCGGCCAAUUGUCGACCCAUAUCUUCUCAGUGGCAAAAGAGCUGAGUGAGGUCAAGAUUCCACGGGGCGAUGGAAGAGAACGGUUUGCUCGAAACCUUGAUCUGCGGAAGCGAAAGGCAUUCUCUGAACUCCUAAAAAAGUUAAGACUCUUGGGUAUUGGGACAUCACCUACUGAUCGCCUUCUUCUUCAGCUCUCAGACCCUGCAGUUGUAAUGAGUCAGCCAUUGCUUGGUCGAGAAAGUUUGCCCGAAGUGAAGCUUUGCUGCGAAGACUCCGAUGAAUUGCUUUUCGGCCUGCUCAACGAAAUGCCUCAAUUUCGCAAAUAUCGCAGUCAGCACCAUUCUGACAUCCCCAAUGCUGACAUGGAGCGACUGAUCGGCUCUAUAGAGAGCGGCUUGGCACUUAUCUUGGCGGAACGGCAAACGCUUUCGGCACUUGUCAAUGCAAUCAAGCCCAUCGAGCAAUCCCUUGUGCGUAUGUUGAGCUUGCUAGAUUCCACGGCGUUUUGCACUUCAAAGACCACGGACAACCAGUUAUGCGACAUUAGCAAACGGAUUAUUCAGCAUCAAAAGCUUUGUGGGAGCGCGAUUGAAGAGGCUUCGACAUCUAUUACGCAGCUUACUGAUCGCCGACAAGGCCGUGACCCCACAGACAUCACACACAUUCUGCGGGAAAUGAUCGUAACCAUAGCCGAAAAUGAGUCUCAUGUUAAAGACAUCGCCAAAUUCUCCGGUACCUCUCUCACGCUACUCAAACCGAACGAAGCCGAAGCUCUGCGAAACAUCGAUGCUAACAUGCAAGGGAUCAGCAAUCGUUUGAAAUCGUUGGCUCUCGAUUUUCCCGAUUUCGACUUCAUACUUUCGCCACUUGCCCGACAACUGAGCCAUUACCAGACCACCAUUCCAAAUUUGGUUUGCAGUGAUGGCUACCCUUCAGAGAAGGCUUGGAAGUCAUUGAAAAAAUUUACAGACUCAGUUCUCGUCGUCAUUCAAGACCUAGCAAAAACCAAAGAGCCUCAGUUGGAUUUGCUUAAAUCAAAAAAGGCUCCGGGUCUUCUAAGAAAAGCACAUGCCGAAUUCGCAAGCUUCAGUGCACAAUGUCACUUGGAAGAAAUCUCGGGUAAUCUAUCCAAUUUCAAGGCGGCCUUAUCGCUUACCAGCAACUCACCGGAAAUUUCUCUGCUGCUCAACAUGGCCGCAUCAUUUCUGCAACAGUAUUUACAUCUAAUCUCUAACCACCUGCUAGAUUAUUUACGUUGGCACAGGAGCAAUCUUCACUUGGUACAUACAAUUAUCUCGAUCGGUGCGAACAUUGCCGAGCAAGGAUUCUGUAAGCCCGAUUUCAGUGAAGAGGACGAUAGCGCCGGCAAGGAUGGACCUUCCAAAGAUGGAACCGGGCUUGGUGGCGGGCAGGGUGCUAAAGACGUCAGUGAUGAAAUUGAGGAUGAGGAACAACUGGAAGGCUUACAAGGAGAAGCCGAAGAGGAAAAACGCGAGGCAGAUCAAGAUGCAACCAAGGAAGACAAGGCGGUCGAGACUCAGCAAGAUUUUGAUGCGUCACUCGAAGAUGUUGAGAAUGCGGACGAAGGCGAUUCGAAUACCGACGAUGAAGACGAAGCGGAUGAUGAGAUCGAAGAUGGUGUAGGCAAAGUCGACCCCCUGGACUCUGGUGCCGUUGAUGAAAAGUUUUGGGAGGGUGGGGACGAAGCCGGAGACGAGCCCGAAUCAAAUGAUGCAGAAUUGAGUGCCAAAGAAAACCAACCAAUGCCUCAGGAUUCCGACUUAACCGCACAAGAAAACACAGUCGGCGGUGAACAAAAUAAAGCCAAAAACAACGAUGAUCCAGAGACGACUUCGCCCAAGGAGAAUGAGGCAUCCGAACUCGAUGAUAAUGGGGAAGGUGGGGAAGACAAUCCGGAUCAACAAAACGAAUCCCCCGAUGCUGAAGAAGAUAACAAGGAUGAAGUGCCUGGACAAGAUAACGCCGUCCCUAUGAUGGAUCAUGUCGAUAAUUCUGAAGUCUUGGAUCUCCCGGAAAAUCUAGAAUUGGAAGAUAAUGGCAGUGAAGCUUCCUCGCAAGACUCGAUUAUGGAUCAUGAAGAUUCCGUACCCGAACCUCCUGAGGGGCACGAUACUGAAGUGGAUGACGCAGGAGAGGCACAAAGCCCACCCGACCGUGACAUGGAGGAUUACAAAUCAGAUCAACCUUCAGGAGAACCUCAGCCAGAGGACAAUCCGUCGGGCCAGGGAAAAGAUAAUCAGAGUGGCGCCGGAACUGGCACUGAUGGCGGUGAAGCGCUCUCUACGCCAGCUAUCGUUGAUCCUAUUGAGAACCUCGAUGAAAAUGCGGAUAAUGAGAAGCCUCACAUGGACGAGCAAAAGUCAGCUAGCGCUGCGAACGAUUCCACGAAAGAGAAGCUCCCCGCGCAAGCUUUACAACCCCAAUCUAGUGAGCAAGUUGGCGACGGUUCUAAUGGCCCAGCAGUAUCACAAGAGCAAGGUCCUACAGAUAAUUGUGAUGACACCAAUAAGGAUACAACUCGGCCAAAUCCUCUGCGUAACUUGGGCAAUGCCAUGGAGGACUGGAAGCAGCGACUUCAGCAGAUCAUUGAUUCCAGUCCCGAAGAAGGCAAGGAAGGCGGCGAAGAACGAUUUGAUGACACCGCUGAGGUUGAGUAUCUGCAAACUGAUGACAACGAUAUUGCUCAUCAGCAAGCCCCUGGACCUGCGACCGAGGAGCAGGCGUGCGAGGGACUCGUCAACAUGGAAAUUGAUGACUGUGAACCUGAAGCCGAUAUCCCCAGACCACCGGUAUCCAACUCAACGCCACACCCAGUUGAGCCACUUCAAGCUCCCGAAACGGGAGAUCAGAGUGAUCUUGCUGAAGCAGCUAUUCUUGGAUCAAAAUCCGAGCCCCAGACAACCAACGAUCUUCAAAUGCACGAUUCACGAUUCGAAAAUGAGCCCCCUGAAGACCAAGAGAAAGAGGAUGAUGACCCGGCAGAGUCAACCAACCUGAAAUCUGAAAACGGACCUCUUCACGACCCUACAACAUCAUUAGCGCUCUGGCGCAAAUAUCAGCAACUCACUCAACGCUCCGCCUCACAUUUGACCGAACAGCUCCGCCUCAUUCUAGAGCCGACGACCGCAACAUGCCUUCAAGGAGACUAUCGUACUGGCAAGCGACUGAAUAUGCGAAAACUGGUCCCUUACAUUGCAUCCGACUAUACCAAGGAUCGCAUUUGGUUGCGUCGAACCAAGCCCGCCCAACGGGAUUAUAAAAUUCUUCUAGCUGUUGAUGAUUCGAGGUCGAUGGCUGACUCAAGAUGCGCCGACCUAGCCUUUCAAACUCUCGCGAUGGUGACGAGCGCACUUUCUAAACUGGAAGUCGGACAAGUUGCUAUAGCCAAGUUCGGCGGCAGCUUCGACAUGCUGCAGCCCUUCGAAGGAAGUUCUGCAAAGCUGAACAAUUCGACAAGUCCAAUCGAAGGCUUCACUUUCUCGCAACAGCAGACCAAUGUUCGACUGGCGGUCGCUAAAGCAGUGGAAGCCUUCUCUCUCGCCCAACCAUGUGGCAACUCCUUCAAUGACAAUGAAACUUGGAAACUAGGCAUCAUCAUCUCAGAUGGAAUUUGUCAAGAUCACGAAGAAGUUAGAAGCUUGUUGCGGAAGGCUGGCAAAGACAAGAUUAUGUUUGUAUUCUUGAUUCUUGAUUCUUUACAUCAGCAUAUGGGAACUAGCGGGACAAAUGAAGAAGGCGCCCAAGGCAAAGAUCAUCAUCCUAACGAUUCUUCCAUCAUAUCAAUGAACUCGGUUUCCUACGUCACCGGACCCAAUGGUCAAAUGGAAUUGAAGAUGGAAAGAUACCUAGAUACGUUUCCUUUUGAUUAUUACAUCAUACUUCGUGAUGUAGAGGCCCUUCCCAAUGUUCUGAGCUCAACACUUCGUCAAUUUCUCGAGAAAGUGAACAAUGUCUAG